AUGGAUGAUCAUGUGAAUUUGGUUGAUCCGGUGGAGGAAUAUGAAAAUGAAAACUCUAUUGGGAUUAGCCAUGUAGACCCCAUAUCUGAUGAUGGUGGAGACACUACAAAUACUGAUGCCCCCAAUACUGUCUCUACUGAGGACCAAACAGAAGUUCAAACAUAUGGACUUGGGGAGAUUAGGGAGAUUGUUGAUUGUGUGAGAGAUGGUAUAAAAUAUCUGUUCAAAGAAGUUUUUCCUAGAUAUGGUGAUAGAGAUAGCAGUUUUGAAUGGGUUCCAACAGUUGAAGAGUGGGGGCAAGUUGAAAAUGUUUGUCAACUACUUGUUAUUUUCAAUGAAAUAACCAAUAUUGUAUCCGGAAGUGAUUACCCAACAACAAACUUAUUCCUUUCUGAAGUAUGGAGAAUGAAGGACAUCUUAGGUAAGAAGAGUAGAGAUGAGAAUGAAUACAUGAAAUCAAUGGUAAGGAAAAUGACUGCUAAGUUUGACAAAUAUUGGGGGGAGUGUAAUCUAUUGAUGGCAAUCGCUGCGGUGUUAGACCCUAGAUUCAAAAUGGUCCUGAUCCAAUUCUGUUUUCCUUUAAUUUAUCAAGAGUCGGACGCUUCUAAGAAUAUUGAUUAUGUCUCUCAAGUGUUGCAUGAGUUAUAUGAUGAGUAUGUUCAUGAAUACAAUUCAACUCUUGAGGCACAAAGAGAGCAGGAAAAUGCUCGAAUAAACGUAUCCAGUUGUUCCUCAAGUGUUGGGAGAAACAUGCAGAGUGGCCAGUCAUUAUUUAAAUCUUUUGUUAGAAGUGUUGAUACCGUGCAGCCUAGUAAAUCAGAACUGGACAAUUAUUUAGAGGAGAGUAUAUAUAUCUGUGAAGAGGGUUCAGAUGCAAGUUUCGAUGCCUUGGAAUGGUGGAAAGCAAAUAGUCUUAAGUUUCGAACUUUGUCCAAAUUGGCCCGAGAUAUAUUGGCUACACCAAUUACCACAGUUAGCUCAGAAUCGACAUUCAGCGCAGGAGGCAGAGUCAUUGAUCCUCAUCGAGCUUCAUUGUCAACUGAAAUUGUCCAGAUGUUGUUAUGUGGGUCAGAUUGGGUUAGAGCAUUAUAUGGGCUUAAAAGAUCAUCAACAAAUUCUUUGUCUGUCUUGGUUGUCUUGCUUAUUUUGCUGAUCUUUGAUUCGAUUGUUCUUGUGGUAACUGUGGCUGAAUGGCUGGUAACUGCUUAG